AUGCUCCGCCUUCCAGUGCUGCUCACGCUAUGUUCCUUGCUGGGAUCGGCGAUUGUGACCGUUUCAGGUCUCGGCUCACAGUGCUCGACAGCCCUCAGUGGCGGGACUGCAGCUCCCGGUGACCCAUACUGGCUUCAAAAUAUCACCCACCAAGGGUAUGCGCCGUACGCUCCAGAUCCAUCCACCUACCCAGUCUAUCGCAACGUCAAGGACUAUGGCGCUGUGGGCGAUGGUGUUGCAGAUGACACAGAUGCCAUAAACGCAGCUAUCUCGUAUGGAACCCGAUGCGGCGACGGCUGUGGUUCGUCUACGACUACUCCAGCCGUUAUCUUCUUCCCUCAAGGGACCUAUCGCGUCUCGGGCGCCAUCGUUGCGUACUACUACUCGGUACUUGUCGGGGAUGCCAGGGUUCCACCCACAUUAUUGGCAAGCUCGAAUUUCAGUGGGGCAGCAGUCGUUGACGCGGACCCUUACAUCCCAAACGGGUACGGGGCGGAAUGGUAUGUUAACCAGGAUAAUUUCUAUCGCUCCGUUCGCAACUUCGUGAUCGACUUGACCGAGACGUCGGCCACCUCGGGCGCCACAGGAAUCCACUGGCAAGUUUCCCAGUCGACCUCGCUUAUGAACAUUGUGUUCGAGAUGAGCACGGCUUCCGGGACCACUCAAAGAGGUAUCUACAUGGAGAAUGGAAGUGGCGGUUUCAUGGGAGACAUGGUGUUCAACGGUGGCCAAUAUGGCAUGUCUGUUGGUAAUCAGCAAUUCACCGUCCGGAAUGUCACCAUUAACAACGCCCAAACUGCAUUGCUUGACGCCGGUACAGGGAUUACGAUCAAUAGUUGUGAGAUCGGCUUCGCCUUGGCCACUACCAACGGUGUUACGAACGGCGACUCUCAAGGAGUUGGAUCAGAAACUAUCAUAGAUGCGGCAAUAACAGACGUUACGUACUUCAUUCAAACAGCUGAGGCUACCACCUCGCUUGACGGUUCCAUCGUGCUCAACAACAUUCAACUGACCAAUGUCGGUACCGCUGUCGGCGCCGCAAACGGCGACGUUGUACUGGCAGGAGGCACCUUCCUCAUCGAUUCGUGGGCACAGGGUAACGUCUACUCUGGCACCAGUGGGACUGGCACGUUCACCCAGGGCUACAUCAAUUCCAUUUCGCGGCCUUCCAGCGUUCUGGCCAGCUCAGGCUGGAUUUUCGAAAAGGGACAUCCGCAGUACAUUGACUAUGCGCCAAGUCAAUUCAUGAGCGUCAAGUCGCAGGGAGCGGUGGGCGACGCCAACACCGACGACACCGCCGCGAUCCAGGCUGUCUUCGAUAAUUACGCCGGGUGUUAUAUCAUCUUCUUCGACGCUGGAAUCUACUUGGUCAGCGAUACGAUUACUAUCCCGGCUGGGUCCCAGGUCGUUGGUGAGGCGUGGACGACAAUCAUGGGCUACGGCGAGAACUUUGAGGACUACAACAACCCACAGGCCGUUAUUCAGGUCGGCGCGUCGUCCGGCGACGAGGGCCUUGCGGAGUUCACCGACAUGAUCUUUUCAACCAGGGGACCAACGGCGGGUGCCAUCGUUGUGGAAUGGAACGUGCACGACCCUGCUGGACAACAGGGUGCUGCUGGGACGUGGGAUACAUAUAUCAUUCUCGGAGGCAGGGAUGGCACCAACCUGCAGUACGCCGAGUGUCCGGCGGGAAGCUCAAGCGAUGGGAAUCAAUGCUUCGCGGCUUUCAUGGGCUUGUACAUCACUUCAAGCGCUAGCGCCUACCUUGAGGGAUUGUGGGUAUGGCUUGCCGAUCAUGACUUGGAUUCAUCGACUGAGUCUGUGGAGCGGCCGUGGCAUUCUUUCGGAAUCGCAAGGCCCCGUAUGGAUGAUCGGGACUUCGAGUACGUCAAGAUCAGUGCUGACGAUAGCGUAUACCUAUUCACUUUGAUAUCCCCAGACGAACACAGCAUCUUAUACCAAUAUGGGCUCGUCAAUGCUGCAAACCACUAUAUGGGCUUCAUCCAGACUGAGACACCGUACUUCCAACCUGAUCCCGCACCGACAGCUCCGUUCGUGCUAGAUGGCAACUACGGUGAUCCCACGUCAUGGCCGCAAAACGCAGCAUGGGCUCUCUACGUAUCCAACUCACAAAACAUCCUGAUCUUCGGUGCCGGCCAUUAUAGUUUCUUCCAGAAUUACACACAAACUUGUGAUACGACCAACAACUGCCAGUCACAAAUUGUUAAUAUCGACUCGACUUCGAGCAACAUUGGAAUAUAUGGCCUCAAUACGGUGUACGCCACGUACCAGUUGAGUGUCAACUACAACAGCAUCAUCUACUACGGAGACAAUGAAAACGGUCUCGCGGACACGGUGACAGCGUGGACUCUAUCGUAG